AUGUUGGGCUGGGUCCAGAAGGUGCUGCCUCAGCCUCCAGGGACCCCGCAGAAGACCGAGGAGGGAGCAGAACCACUGCCAGAACCAGAGUUGGAGCCUGAGGCAAAGCCAGAACCUGAGCCAGAGCCCCAGCUGGAGCCAGAACCUCAGCCAGACCCAGAGCCAGAACCUGAAACAGCCCCUGAAGAGGCUCCACCAGAGGAGCCAAUGGAAGGGGAGGAGCCAAUGGAAGGGGAGGAGCCAAUGGAAGGGGAGGAGCCAAUGGAAGGUGAGGGCGUAGCUGAGGCUGGCCCUAGCCUUCAAGAGGCCCAGGAAACUGACCCUCCUCAGCCUACCCUUCAGGCCCAGGUUGCUGUUGCCAAGGUGAACAGCCCCAGAGCCUGGCUGCUGACCUGGUUCUGGAAGCACAUGGAGAAGGUCGUACCACAACCUGUCUGCAGCAGCAAGAACCUGGCCGCCGGAGUGGGAGACCCAGAUCAGGCUGGAGCACAGAUUCUGGGACCCGGUGGCGCUGGGGAACCAGGGUCUGCAGAUGGUUCAGAUGAUGCUUCCGGGGCUCAAGAUACUGAGCCCAGCCUGUGGCUGCUCAGGUGGCUUGAACAGAAUCUGGAGAAAGUGCUGCCUCAGCCCCCUAAACCCUCUGAGGCCUGGAGUGCUGAACCUGAGGCUGCUGUCUUGGACCCAGAUCCUCCAGAACCCCCGAUGGAGACAGAGCCCACAGAGAUUCCUUCCCAGCCUAAUCCUGAAACCCUGGAGCCUGAGGAGGAGCCAACUGCAGAGCCCCAACCUGGCUUCCAGGUCUCUUCCCUGCCACCACCUGGGGACCCUGUCAGGCUGAUUGAGUGGCUUCUACACAGGCUGGAGAUGGCCCUGCCACAGCCCGUGCUCCAUGGGAAAGCCACAGAACCGGAGCCUGGCUGCCCUGGGACAUGUGAUGUGCAGACCAUCAGCAUCCUCCCCGUGGACCAGGUGGAGCAUGAUCUUGUCCUCGAGGAGGUGGACCCCUGCUGGGAGGACAUCCAGCAGGAAGACAGUGACAGUCAGCGGGAAGACAGUGCCAGCCAGCAGGAAGACCGUGCCAACCAGCAGGAGACAGAGAUGGCUCCAGUUUAUGAAGAAGAAAGCGAGGCCAUGGUGGAGAUGCCCAGGGAGUUGCCCCAGAUUCAAGAGGAAAGAGAAGAUGAGGAGGAGGAGGAAGAAGAGGAGGAAGAGGAGGAAGAGGAGCCUGUUGUCCUGCUGGAUAGCUGUUUGGUGGUGGAGGCUGAUGUGGACCAGUGCCAGCUAGGCAGGACACAGCCACAGAUAGCAUCACUCCAGGAGCUGCCCGAGGAGGAGGAGGUGGAGGAGGUAGAGGAGGAGGCCACCAGCUCAGCAGGGCCACACCUCUGCCUGCCACCUUCUGGACCCAAUACCAUGGCUAAACCAGGCCUGACUAUGGAGCUGAAUCGCUUGGUCCAGGACCAGCCACCUGGCCAGGAGGGCCCCAGGCCUGGCCCCCCAAACCCGGCUGAGCACCUCCCCAAUGUGCCCAGCUAUCGUCCUACAAUCACCCGCAUUCCUGUCCUGGUUUCCCGGAGGACAGCCUUGUCCAACUCCAGCUUCGCCAAGGAGACCAGGAGCUCCAUCCGUCGCCUGGUACCAGCCACGAAAGAGCACCCGGAGGUCCAGGUAGAAGACACGGAUGCUGACAGUCGCCCCCUCAUCCCAGAGGAGAAGUUACCUUCACCGGAGAGACCACCACCCUCUCCUACCAAAUCUGACACCCUCAGGGUCCCCGGCUCCGAUGCAGCAGCCGUCAGGAAGAAGCUACCUUCUCAUGAGGAUGAAGCUGAAGAGCUCAAGGUGCUGUCGCCGGCUGAGUCCCCAGUGGUUGCCUGGUCAGACCCCACCACCCCACAGGAGGCUGAUGGCCAGGACCGGGCAGCCUCCACAGCCAGCCAGAACAGUGCCAUCAUCAAUGACCGGCUCCAGGAGCUGGUGAAGCUCUUCAAGGAGCGGACGGAGAAGGUGAAGGAGAAGCUCAUUGACCCCGACGUCACCUCUGAUGAGGAGAGCCCCAAGCCCUCCCCAGCCAAGAAGGCUCCAGAGCCAGCCCCAGCCCAGAAGCCCGCGGAGGCAGAGGCAGCAGAGGAGGAACACUACUGUGACAUGCUCUGCUGCAAGUUCAAGCGCAGGCCCUGGAAGAUGUACCGGUUCCCCCAGAGCAUCGACCCACUGACCAACCUCAUGUACAUCCUGUGGCUGUUCUUCGUGGUGCUGGCCUGGAACUGGAACUGCUGGCUGAUUCCUGUACGAUGGGCCUUCCCGUACCAGCAGCCAGACAACAUCCACUUCUGGCUGCUGAUGGAUUACCUGUGUGACUUCAUCUACCUCCUGGACGUCACCGUGUUCCAGAUGCGCCUGCAGUUUGUCAAAGGCGGGGACAUCAUUACAGACAAAAAGGAGAUGCGCAAUAACUAUCUGAAGUCUCGCCGGUUUAAGAUGGACCUGCUCUGCCUCGUGCCCCUGGACUUUCUCUACUUGAAACUCGGAGUGAACCCUCUCCUUCGCCUGCCCCGCUGCCUGAAGUACAUGGCCUUCUUCGAGUUUAAUAACCGCUUGGAAGCUAUCCUCAGCAAAGCCUACGUCUACAGAGUCAUCAGGACCACGGCCUACCUGCUCUACAGUUUGCAUCUCAACUCCUGUCUUUACUACUGGGCAUCGGCCUUCCAGGGCAUCGCUUCCACUCACUGGGUUUACGACGGCGUGGGGAACAGUUACAUCCGAUGCUACUACUGGGCUGUGAAAACUCUCAUCACCAUUGGAGGACUGCCCGACCCCCAGACACUCUUUGAAAUUGUCUUCCAGCUGCUGAAUUAUUUCACAGGUGUCUUCGCUUUCUCUGUGAUGAUUGGACAGAUGAGAGAUGUGGUGGGGGCCGCCACAGCGGGGCAGACCUACUACCGCAGCUGCAUGGACAGUACAGUGAAGUACAUGAACUUCUACAAGAUCCCCAGGUCUGUGCAGAACCGUGUCAAGACCUGGUAUGAGUACACCUGGCAUUCACAAGGCAUGCUGGAUGAGUCAGAGCUGAUGGUGCAGCUCCCAGAUAAGAUGAGACUGGACCUGGCCAUCGAUGUGAACUACGACAUCGUCAGCAAAGUGGCGCUCUUCCAGGGCUGUGACCGGCAAAUGAUCUUCGACAUGCUCAAGCGCCUUCGCUCGGUGGUCUACCUGCCCAACGACUAUGUGUGCAAGAAGGGGGAGAUUGGCCGAGAGAUGUACAUCAUCCAGGCGGGGCAGGUGCAGGUGCUGGGCGGCCCGGAUGGCAAGGCUGUGCUAGUGACACUCAAAGCCGGAUCGGUGUUUGGAGAGAUAAGCUUGCUGGCCGUGGGGGGCGGGAACCGGCGCACAGCCAAUGUGGUGGCCCACGGGUUCACCAACCUCUUCAUUCUGGACAAGAAGGACUUGAAUGAAAUUUUGGUGCAUUAUCCUGAAUCUCAGAAGUUACUCCGGAAGAAGGCCAGGCGCAUGCUGAGAAACAACAACAAGCCGAAGGAAGAGAAGAGUGUGCUCAUCCUGCCCCCACGGGCGGGCACCCCGAAGCUCUUCAAUGCCGCCCUCGCUGCAGCAGGAAAGAUGGGUGCCAGGGGGGCCAAGGGUGGCAAGCUCGCCCACCUGAGAGCCAGGCUCAAGGAGCUGGCCGCACUGGAGGCUGCGGCCAGACAGCAGCAGCUGCUGGAGCAGGCCAAGAGCUCGCAGGAUGCUGGGGGAGAGGAAGGCUCCGGAGCCGCGGACCAACCUGCGUCCCAGAAACCGCCAGAACCCGAGAAGCCCCAAGAGCCCCCAGCGCCCCAGGAGCCCCCAGCCCCGCGCUCUCCACCGCCGGCCCCAGGGAAGCCCGAGGGAGGCACAGAGGAGGAGGCAGCUGCGCCCUCGGAGCCCUCGGUGAGGAUCCACGUCAGCCCCGGCCCGGAUCCCGGGGAGCAGACGCUGUCGGUGGAGAUGCUGGAGGAGAAGAAAGAGGAGGCCGACUGA